UGUUUGUACUUUGUAGUGAGCAAACCCUGCCGAGUGACGAUUAUUCCCUAGCCCCCCUCUCUCUUACACACUCAUCAUCAGGUAUUACCAUGGCGAGUGAAGCUUUGAAGCAGAAUCAGGAAGCUGUAAGCAAUACUAGGUCGGGAAUACUGGUGAAGAAACAGCGGAACAAACACGUGCUUUUGUUUUACUGCACUGAAUCACAAGACCUUGCAAGGAAAGUUGCCGCUCAAUCUGACCUUAUUCAGCUCCAAUCUAUCAACUGGAGGAACUUUGAUGACGGAUUUCCCAACUUAUUCAUUAACAAUGCACACGACAUUCGAGGGCAGCAUGUUGCAUUUUUGGCAUCCUUCAGCUCCCCUGCUGUCAUCUUUGAGCAGCUGUCUGUCAUAUAUGCACUUCCGAGGUUGUUUGUUGCUUCUUUCACUUUGGUAUUACCUUUCUUUCCAACUGGCUCAUUUGAACGUAUGGAAGAAGAAGGAGAUGUCGCAACUGCUUUUACUAUGGCCAGAAUUCUGUCAAAUAUUCCAAUAUCAAGGGGUGGUCCAACAAGUCUAGUCAUCUAUGACAUUCAUGCCUUACAGGAACGAUUUUAUUUUGGAGAUCAGGUUCUGCCUUGUUUUGAAACCGGUAUCCCUCUGCUGAAACAACGUCUUCACCAGCUUGCUAGUUCUGACAAGAUUGUUGUAGCAUUUCCAGAUGAUGGAGCUUGGAAGCGAUUUCACAAGCUACUUGAUGAUUUUCCUAUGGUAGUUUGCAACAAGGUUCGAGAAGGUGAUAAACGAAUAGUUAGGUUGAAGGAGGGUAAUCCUAGUGGUUGUCAUGUUGUCAUAGUUGAUGAUUUGGUGCAAUCAGGAGGUACUCUAAUUGAGUGUCAGAAAGUUUUGGCGGCUAAUGGUGCUGCAAAGGUGAGUGCGUAUGUAACCCAUGCAGUAUUUCCCAAGCAGUCGUGGGAGAGGUUCAUACACAAGGGCAAAGAUAACUCGGAUAAGGCAUUCUCAUACUUCUGGAUAACAGAUUCAUGCCCUCUUACUGUCAAAGCUAUAGCUAAUAAUGCACCAUUCGAAGUCUUGAGCCUUGCAGGAUCCAUAGCCGAUGCCCUCCAGAUAUGAUAAAUAUGACAUUUCUUGUUUUAUUUAUUAACAUUUGCGUGUUGACCAUUAACUUUGCGAGAUUUUAAGACAUGCCUGUUUACUACUAUGAUUAGUUUUAUCUCUGCAAUCUACUACAUUCCUGG